AACUUUUAACGAACAGAACUACAUUACUUUCAAAAUUUGUUUAUGCUAAGUGGCAUAUCAACAGGAGAUUGCGGCUAGUUUUUUUAUUGGGUUAACUAUUUUCAUAUAAAAUAGAAUGUUGCAAUUAAAACAUAUAACAUCACUAAAUCUAGAUGGAUACACUGUGGUUCUGCCAGCAAUUUGUGUUGGGAACGCCGCACAGCUGGCUUGUGACCUCAUAAUAUCAUCAAAAAGCUUGAAACGAGUUGGAAACAUAGUUCACCCAGCACUGAUUCCUUUAUAUGGGCCCUCUGCUUAUCAGCAUGAACCAGAAGAGAAGGCAGCUGCAUGUGAAGUGUAUGAAGGAGCAGAAGACAAAUUGUUAGUUAUACAAUUUCGUUCCCCACUUAUAUCAAAACAUUCACAAAGUUUUCACAAUGAGUUGGCAGAUUUGUUACAAAAAUUACAACCAAAACGAAUUAUUAUUUUGAGUGGAAGUUUCGGUUUUGAGAAACGUAUAAUUGGUGGUUCAUCGUAUGGAUAUCGAGCUUCUGAAGCUUUUAAAGAAGCGCAUGCAGCACAAUUUAAAGUAGUUGGGUGGAAUGAGUUUACCGGUGAUGUGGUUUACGGCGGAGGAAAUUGUAUAAAACUAUACAAACUGUUAGAAGAGCGUAGUGUUCCUGUUAUGGUGUUAUUUAGAUAUUUGCUUGAUGGAGAUGCUUCUAUGCAGGCAACAGUAAUAUUGCGUGAAUUAAAUCUUAUAUGCAAAGACUUCUUACAAAUAAGCGGUAAAGACGAUGAAUUGAAGCUUGUUGUGCCAGUUUCAUGGAAACUGCUUUUUGGCAAUGAAUUUGCCGAAAUAUGUUAACAAUUUUUAAUAUUGUUUAAAGUAUAAAUUGUAAAUAAAAUUUGUGGU